GAAAAUGUACAUUUCUUUUUAAAUCUAUUAUAUUUAAAUAUAAUGUAAAAAUGGGUCCUAAAUUAGGUGUGCUAGGUGUUUUAUUUAUGCUAAAUACAAUGUAUGCACAAAAAGUAGUUUAUACGUUUACGGAGUUUCCCUACAAAGAAACCAACAAAAAUGAAAUUAUGUUCAGAGAAGUGGAGGCUGCAUGUAAUAGAGGGUGCUUGGGUAAAACUAGUGUAUCAAAAAUACUUUGUAAUCGACAAUGUGUCUCUCCUUCAUGCUACAGAGACAUUUACUCAAAUGAUCAGUUAGAGGAAGGUGAAGUAGAUGUAAGGCUAAAUUCGUUUAAAGGUUGUUUUAUUCAACGAUACAAUAGAUCUCGCCCUUAAUCUGGCUAACACCAAUAUAAUGUUAACAAUACAACACCUAUAAGUCAAAUGGUUAUUCACAUGGUAAAAUAACAAUUUUAAUUAAUAUACAAUAUCAAUCAAUAAUACACAUAAAAAUAUUUAAUUUAUAAUACAAG